GCCGAGCUGGUGCUGCUGGGGCUGUUCGGCCGCACCUGCCGCCUGCUGGACGGCGGCGCCGCGGGCCCCGCCGAGCUGGCGGCUGCGGGCGCGGAGGUGGCGCAGCUGGUGUCGCUGCUGGAGGCCCGGCACGCCGCGCUGGCCUCCAACCUGGAGGGCGACGGCUUCCCGGAGCUGCGCGCCUCGCUGUGGCAGGCCGAGUCCAGCGUGGCAGCGGCCGUGCAGGCGCUGAGCCCGCAGAUGACGGAGAACCGCAAGAAGGUUGAGGAGCUGCUGCGCGAGGCGCACACGCUGUCCGCCGUGCUGGCCACCCCGGGCGCCACCGCGCCGCUGCUGGAGCGGCUGCUGCCCAAGCGCUUCAAGCAGUACGCCAAGGGCAUCAGUGCCAAGGCCUAAACAGGCAGGAAGGCAGGCAGGCGGGGAGGUUGCCGCUUAGGCCUAAACAAGCAGGCAGGCCAGGCGUGGGAGUUGCCGCCGAGGAGAACGAGCGCGAGGGUAGUGACACAGGCUCAGGCGCCAGAUGAAACCGCCAAGUACAUGCCGGUGUGAUGGCUGCUUGGGCUGCGUUGCUUGACAUGCAAAAGCGGAAGGCAGGGGUGGGGCGGGGAGGGGGGCGCACCACACCACUGGGAGCUACAGCUGAGGAGCUACAGCUGCUCAGCCGCCGGCUCCGCCAGCACAGAAGUGGCCGCCCAGGCCAACGGACCCCGCAGGCUUGUGCGUCGCGUGUUUAUUUUUUCCGUUACAUUAGGCUGUGGUGGUUUAUAGCAUUAUACGACGAAGCGAACAAGAUCUCAGCCGUUCGCACAUCGCAAGAUUCGCAACAGAUGGCUGGCGAGCGCUGCUGCGUACGGUAGCAAGCCAGGGCAAGCGGCGGUACGGACGCGAGGAGGUGUGUGUGUGUGUGUGUGUGUGUGUGUGUUUGUGUGUGUGCGCGCCCCACAUUGAGGGUGUGGAGUCUGGAUGACACGCGGAGAGCACACGGAGCGGGGCGACCCCCGCCCGGGCAAAUGGACCUAACGGCCUUGGUGGGUACCGUGGUACGGCUAGGGACGUCUGAGGACUGUGUGUGGAGAUUGGAGGCCGGGCAAGAUGAUGCAGUGACAUGGCGUUUUGUGUGUGUGUAUGUGUGUUAUGGUGUACAGCGGCUGUGGGGCAGUUGGCAUGCCGUACCGAUCAAUGCUGCUGGGUAUUUGCCGUACACGUUGCAGCUUCCGAUUGAGCGCGCCCGCGUUUGCUUUGACACCAGAUUGGGGUCGGGGCGAACGUGCGUGCGUGGUAUGUGACGACUGCGGCGCUGACGGCACGGGGGGGGGGCCGGGCGACGAUGACAAUUGACAAAUGAUCGUCUGAGGAUGAUGCGCGUGCUUUGAAUAAUGCCGCCCCGCUAGCUCAGACGUGCACCCAUGCCGCACUCGAGGUGUGUCGUGUGUGAGUUUCGGGAAACGGGCAGCCCACAGUUGCAUGCUGCCUGCACAGCUGUAAGCUCCUGUAAGCUUGGCUGUAAGGCCUUCAAACG